CUUCAAGUCCGUCCGUAUCGCGCGACCAACCGUCUCACCCAGGACCAGCAUAAUUCUUCUUGAGUGGUCAGCAUCAUCGCAGUGCCCUCCAGCAAUACCCAAAAAACCAAUUGAUCUCCACACGUCGGACAACGGCGCUCUCAACACUUUCAGUACUGCGUGCAACCUGCCCACCAUGGCAGACGUCGGCAAAACUCCUUUCAUCAAGGAGCUCGCAUCCAGCGACAAAAAACUCCGCGACAAAGCCACCAACAGCCUAACGCUCUUCCUCCGCGCGAAGACCGACCUCACCAACCUCGAGCUCUUGAAACUCUGGAAGGGACUGUUUUUCUGCUUCUACCACUCCGACCGCCCCCUAACCCAACAAGCCCUAGCGCGCACCCUCUCCUACAACCUCGUCCCAACCCUACCAUCCACGACGGUCCACAAGUUCCUGCGCGCGUUCUGGACGACCAUCGGCCGGGAUUUCCACUCGAUCGACCGCCUCCGAUUGGACAAGUACUUGUUCUUGAUUCGGUGUUAUGUUGGUGUCGGUUUCGAAGUCUUCCUCAAACAGAACCAGCAGAGCAAGAGCCGAAAUGGUGCUGAGGAGGGAGUUGCGGCUGGAGGAGCCGGGGGCAAGCGCAAGCGCGAGGAAGACCUGAACAGUAGCAAAAAGGGCGGGAAGAAGCGCAAGGGGAAGGGUCAGCAGCAGCAACAGCAACAACAACAAACAGACUCAAAACCACAGGAACUUACGCAAGAGGAGGAGGAGAAGGAGCAGGGGGUCGAUAAGGAAAAAUGGGGGCCGCUGGAAUCCUACCUCGCGAUUCUCGAGGAUGGCCCGCUCUGCCCCCUCAACUUCGAUCCUGAUCAACCGGCCGCCAACGAGGCGGAGGACUACAUCCCCAUGCCGCACGGGCCGGAUGGACUGCGCUACCAUGUCCUGGAUAUCUGGGUGGAUGAGUUGGAGAAGGUGCUGGAGUUUGAGGAGAUCACCGAUGAGGAAACGGGCACGACAGUCCGCAAACCAGUCGGGGAUGUGCCGAAGGAGUUGCUGUUGCGGCCGCUUGAGCGGUUGAGGAAGGAGAGUCCCUAUAAACCGGUGCGCAUGCGGGCGGCGGAGGCGCUGGAGGAUGAGCGGCUGGUUGAAUGGGGGUGGAAAGAGCGUCGUAAGGUUGACAGUGAUAGUGAUGAUGAUGAGGAGGACGACGAUGAUGAUGACGAGGAUGCGGAGUGGGGUGGUUUUGGAGACGACUAGAUGAUACGACUCGAACACAUACACUAUGCCCAAAAGUUCUUGCUUGAUCACUAUGGGUUAGGAUCGGAGUCUGGUUUUUUACACUUGUUCUACGUAGACUUGCAUAUCUUGUUAUUUCAAUUCUCCGAUCUUGAGAUGCGGAGUUUGAACUUCCUGUUUGAUAAUUCUUAUAUAACAAU